ACUAAUGUUUUGGGUGACUGCCCCUUUAAGAAAUCACAGAACUCAGCCUUGGUUCGUGACGUUAGUUGUCUUGCGUUGAGAAACUGUGUGCAGGAAACGCCAGCCAUAGAAGAGAUCACGCUUUUUAACACCGUGGCACGGUACAAACAACGGAAAAUGUGCAACGCGUUAUAUUAUUAAUGUUCGGAAACGGCCGCUCUCUUCGGAUUCUUACCAGGACCUUCGGAGACGACCCUCGAAAGCGUUUCCGCCGAGGGAUUUGACAACUCCCACCCUCGAAAGAGCUGCCUUUCUGCGGUCUGAAAACAUCGGGUCGGCCAGCGGGUGGGUAGAGGAUUCGUGGAGAGGGGCUGUCUGUUUUCCGAAGCCAUGAGGGAGUAUAAAGUGGUCGUGUUGGGCUCGGGCGGCGUGGGUAAAUCUGCAUUGACUGUCCAGUUUGUGACGGGAUCCUUCAUUGAGAAAUACGACCCCACAAUAGAGGAUUUUUACCGAAAGGAGAUCGAGGUGGACUCGUCUCCCUCUGUUCUGGAGAUACUGGACACGGCGGGGACCGAACAGUUCGCCUCCAUGCGAGACCUGUACAUCAAAAACGGGCAGGGGUUUAUUUUGGUCUACAGUCUGGUCAACCAGCAGAGCUUCCAAGACAUCAAGGCGUUGAGGGAUCAAAUCAUCCGAGUGAAAAGAUACGAGCGAGUGCCCAUGGUAUUGGUUGGAAAUAAAGUGGACUUGGAAGGCGAGAGAGAGGUCUCUUCCGGGGAAGGCAAGGUGCUGGCUCAGGAGUGGAAUUGCCCGUUUAUGGAAACUUCUGCCAAAAAUAAAGGCUUGGUCGACGAACUGUUCGCAGAAAUCGUGAGACAGAUGAACUAUUCCUCUUUACCCAGCGGUGGAGAUCGCUGUUGUUCUUGUGUUCUUUUCUAAGAAAACAUCUUUAAGUUUGCAACUGUGAUUGUUAUCUAGCUAAGUAAAACUCAUUAAAAAAAACAAGGCCUGUUUUGAUAACCUGUUGAUAACAAAAUUAUACGGCCUCUUUUUGAUAAUGCGACCGUCAGUAUUAUUGGAAAGUUAUUUGCACACAACAAUCGAUGAUGACGACAAUUUAUAUUGAAAUAGCCUAAAAAGUGUUUACAUGACAAAGUACUUGAAUGUUUGAGAUUUAAAAAAAAAAAAUAUCACACAGCUUUGUAAUUGACACUUUUUCUGGAAACGUGCCUAACUGGGAAUGUCUUAUUGUAAAACCUAAGAGACUCUUUUUGUUCUGGAACUUUGGUGGGGUUUGAUUACUGUUGAGUUGUACUUUUUCAUGGUUUCUGGGCGGGUCCUUCUGGCCUGGAGAGGGAUUAGAGGAUUAGUCCCUUUGGUGAACAGGGAUUGGUCACUUUUUGUGUGGAUUCUGAUGGGCUCAAGGACCCCCCUUCCUCCUCCUCCAUGCAAAAGCUCAUGUUUGGAUUUUUAGUGUCAAAUAAACCCCAAACUCUGUGAAUAUGCACUGGUCACUGGAACUAGUUUAAACCUGAGCAACUAAUUUAAAAUGACUAAACAUAACACAUAGUCUAAACAUCAAGAAAUUGUGUUUUACCUGCAGAAAAAAAGUCCUACCAAGAUGUGUUGUCAGGCCAUGGAGUGUUGUGGGUUGCUGUUUUUUGUGUUUUUCUUCAGGAUUUGGUAAUGUUGGAUUUAACUUCCCCUGCCCAUCUCACUCUUCAAUGUGCACAAACAAGGUCCUUACUGAUGUGACAUGGGGGGGGGAACAGGACCCCAUGUCAAGUGCCUUCCUAAGAAAUACACCUGUGUCUGUAUGUGCCAACCAAGGAGCCCUACAAUCACAACAGUACUUUACCGUUUCAUUUGUUCCGUUUGAUUUCAAUCACUUUUUGACCUCACUCUUUUUUGAUUAGAACUCAACUUUACGUGCACAUUUGCCCAUGGAAGAGGUGGUCAGAAAGUGACAUUUUGGAACUGAAAGCCAAAAGAUUCAGGAGAUUGAGGUGCUCAAAGUUGACCAGUUUAGCAUAACCCAACAUACCAUGAGACAAUUUCUUCAUCACUGGGAAAUACAAAUGGUUGAGUUUGAUGUAAUUUAAAAGCUUAACAGGCUUGUCAAACUAUUUUUUUUAAACAAAACAUUUUAAUGUCAAUUAUCUAAAACGUGUAAACUCCAAUUGACAUAUUCUGAGGUAUGGUGCCCGCCAUCAGUUGAGACACAGCAUACUCUUAAAUACAGGUUGGGUGCCAUCAGUUGAGACACAGCAUACUCUUAAAUACAGGUUGGGUGCCAUCAGUUGAGACACAGCAUACUCUUAAAUACAGGUUGGGUGCCAUCAGUUGAGACACAGCAUACUCUUAAAUACAGGUUGGGUGCCAUCAGUUGAGACACAGCAUACUCUUAAAUACAGGUUGGGUGCCAUCAGUUGAGACACAGCAUACUCUUAAAUACAGGGUGGGUGUCAUCAGUUGAGACACAGCAUACUCUUAAAUACAGGUUGGGUGCCAUCAGUUGAGACACAGCAUACUCUUAAAUACAGGUUGGGUGCCAUCAGUUGAGACACAGCAUACUCUUAAAUACAGGUUGGGUGCCAUCAGUUGAGACACAGCAUACUCUUAAAUACAGGGUGGGUGUCAUCAGUUGAGACACAGCAUACUCUUAAAUACAGGUUGGGUGCCAUCAGUUGAGACACAGCAUACUCUUAAAUACAGGGUGGGUGUCAUCAGUUGAGACACAGCAUACUCUUAAAUACAGGGUGGGUGUCAUCAGUUGAGACACAGCAUACUCUUAAAUACAGGUUGGGUGCCAUCAGUUGAGACACAGCAUACUCUUAAAUACAGGUUGGGUGCCAUCAGUUGAGACACAGCAUACUCUUAAAUACAGGGUGGGUGUCAUCAGUUGAGACACAGCAUACUCUUAAAUACAGGGUGGGUGUCAUCAGUUGAGACACAGCAUACUCUUAAAUACAGGUUGGGUGCCAUCAGUUGAGACACAGCAUACUCUUAAAUACAGGUUGGGUGCCAUUUGAAUCUUUAGAAAUAGUUACAUUCUAUGAAGUAUAUCCCUUCAGACCAGUGGAAUUUAGCUGGUGGUACACCAUUGAAAUUAACAUUUUUACUUUCACAAAGAUGGCCACCGGUCCACUCACCGUUGAAUGUCAACUUAAAUGGGAAUGUCUAUUAUGUAUAUUUCUAUGAUUUCAAUAGGUGUCACAUGGACUAUUGACAGUGUAAUUUCAAACAACUGAUAUUCUAAUUCAAGUCAACAUUUUUUGAUAUGUGGACAAAUCAUCUUUGUGGUACCAUUUGAAAGCUGAAAUUUCUGUUAUUCCAAUUUGAAUACAUUUAGGCAAAACAUAACACCCACCCUGUAUUCAAGAGCAUGUUGUGUCUCAACCAAUGGCAGGCACAAUACAAACACCUCACAUUAUGUAAAAUAGGGUCUAUGCUAGUACAAAGGACACUGCCCUGUGUAGGGUGCCGUCUUUCGGAUGGGAUGUUAAACGGGUGUCCUGACUCUCUGAGGUCAUUAAAGUCCCAUGGCACUUAUCGUAAGAGUAGGGGUGUUAACCCUGGUGUCCUGGCUAAAAUUCCUAAUCUGGCCCUCAAACCAUCACGGUCACUUAAUAAUCCCCAGAUUACAAUUGGCUCAUUCAUAAAAUAAAUAAAAUAUUUUGAAAAAUGAAAAAGUUGAAGUUGAUGUGUUUUUAGAUAAUUGAAGUUAAAAUAUUUUUUUUGAAAGAUGGAAAUUAAGAAAUAAUUAAAUAGUUUGACAACCCUGUUUGUAAGAUUUAACAUUUAGUUAAACCCAGCUGUUUAUAUUUUCCAGUGAUGAAGACAUGGUGUUCAAAUCAAAAAGGUGUACAGUCAAAAAGGGAUUUGAAAUAAAAUGUAAUGGCCCUUUUUGUCUUUUUCAGUGAGGAAGUCGAGGUGUAGAUGGAAUAACAGUUAUUUCAGUGCAAAGUUUGAGCUCUUUUUAUCCCCACUGAGAGUAUGAGCCCAAACAGCUUUAUGUUGUGGGUUCAGCAAAAAGUAAGCCAUGUUUGUUUUUAUCUUAGAAAUAGUUUCUUUCUGAAAUGUGAAUUCCUGAUUUCAAUUGUAAUUUUGACCCCAGACAAGCCUUUUACCACCCACUUGUCUGGAUUGAACAACUUUUAAUACAAAAGGCAUUUUAUGUAAA